AUGGCCCUGCGCCUGAGGGGUAGCAAGGAUGUCAAGAAGAGCUUCUAUUACGUCUGGUACCUUGGCGCGAGGGAGGCCAAGGGGGUGGACGCGAUGCCCGGUGCCAUAGCUUAUCUGCUGGAGCGGGAACGACUUCAAGAACCUUUCAAGGUCACACUGCAGGUGAGCAACAAAGGUCUGAAGAUUAUACAAACUGUUCACCCUGGUGGUUCGACAAGGUCGGCGGUGAAGCACUUGGUACCAGGUCACGCGGUCCUGGCAGCCGUGCAGCGGGAGGACAUCGUGGCCGCGACCCUGCUGCUGCCAAAUCCGGCGACCAACAAUCCCGUGCACGUGCACGCAUACAGAUGCGACUCGGUCGAGACCGCCGAAUUGUUAGGUGGCCAGCUGAAAGCGCUGGCGUCACACACCGACAAUUUGGCCAGGGUCACGGCGAGCGAGGGCAGAAUCCGCAGUAAUCUAGGCAGCGAUGGCCGAAGUACCAGAGAGUCCGAGUCUUCCGAAGGUAGCGGUGAGCUCAGACACGACCCGGCCCAAACCACGACCAUUUACGAGUCUUUGGCCGCCGAGUUGCGGGCAAAAUUAGGCAGAGGCAAUUCCGGUGACAAUGACGUCGGCCCGAUAUUACUGCCGCCGCGCGACUACGAUACCGUGCACAGGCACCGCGGCAACCUGGCCGGCAUCGAGUUCAGGCGUUGCCUGAAUCAGACCAUCGUGGGUGGUAGCACGGCCAUCGACAGGGGUGGCACGAGAAGCGCGGCCAGCAGCGGCAUAGGGUCCGAUAGCGCGGCAACGCCACCGCCUUAUCAGACGCAUCAUUCCCUCGGCCCGAGACCGUCCAGACCGUCCAGAGAUUCCUCUUCCGACGACGAUUGGGGUGUGCCAAACGAGGAUAAUGAUUAUCUACCAGAAGUGGAGACAGCUGCGAGUCUGACAUUACCGCGACUACCGCGAAGCCCCGAAAGGCUACCCAAUCAAGUGAACAGAGGAGUUUCGCCGAGCUGUAACAGGAAUCGACGAGCGGCGGAAUUUAGACAGCGAUCGCCGAGUCCUCAAUAUCAGCCCAGGGUCAAUCCCGGUGAGGUGACCAGUCCCAGAGAAAGGUUCCAAGAUGCCAAGGAAAUGUUUAGGGCGAUGGAGAGGGAGGCCAUCGCCAGGCCUGUUCUCUCCAGGCAGAGAGACAUCGAUCAUCAUCCCGUACACAGAGUCCAGUCAGCCAGACAAGUUCACGAAGAUCGACCUGGUCGCCAAUAUCCGGCGAGCAUGAUGAACUCCAUGUCCUCGCACGAGAAUGCAAUCAGACGAAGUCAGCCGGACAAUCUUGAUCGUGAAAAUUUUGUGUCUUACAAGGGUAGACCACGACCCAGGACUCAUCAUUAUGCGAUUGAAUGUCCACCCGAGCCGGAAACUUCGAGGCCGCGGCCAAGGAGCUUCUACGAGAAUCCGCCGGUCGGCAGAGAUUUCAGAGAUCAGAGGAAUCUCGUAGAUCCGAGAGACAUGCGAGAAUUUCGGGAACGUGCGCAGCAUACGCGGGAGUUGCGCGAUAAGUUGCGAACGAGGAGCACGGCGUACCAAGAGCUGUCGGAGCACGAAAGAUAUCCUGGACUCGAUCGCGAAAGUGCCAGACCGCCGUUGGAGAUGAUCCCGACAUCCGGUAGAUACCGUCACAGCUACGCCGAGCCGCCGAGAUUGGGCCUAGCCGCGCUUCAUCCCUACUGAUGCGCUAGCUCGUUUUUUUAAUUGGCGAAUUAUUUAAUGAAUUAACCGAUCUAUCGCGCUAUCGUUAUUAAUCAUGCACUACGCCUUGACCGUUCAGUGUGUUCAUGGCUAAUGGCCUUUAUCCCGCCUCUGCAAUAAAGUGAGGAAGGAGAAAGGAGAUCGAGGACUGCGCGAUAUGGAUAUUUUUAUUUUUCGACUGUGGGAUGCUAACAGGGAACAGUUUCGAUUAACAUUAACAUCAUUCUUCACAACAUUCUGUCGAUCAUUUAAAUUAUAAAAUGCAUGUAAAAAUGGUUUAUUUAAUGUAACUGGUAAAACAAAUUGUUUAUAUAAAAUGCUUAUUAUGAUAUAAAAAAAUUAAAGAAUUUGGAUAGCGCUUUAAGAUGAAGUAUAGACGUAUAUGACUUUGAAGAUUUGCUCAUGUAUCGUGCCACUGAACAGUCAAUGCCGAUUAGAGAUUGUAUAUGUAUAUGUAACGAAAGUAAAAGAAGCUUGUAUAUGUAUUACACUUUCGAUGAAUCCAAUUGACUUUGCGUAUCGUUGUUAUUUAGUACGAACGCAGGAUUUCGUUGAUAGAAUGGUUCUCUGAUUAAAAGAACGAAUUCUAACACGAUCCCGUGUACGUACCAUAUUGUUAUGCGUCAGAUGCCACACUAACAAUAUAAUAAUAAUAGUAACAACACAAUAAUACCGAUAA